CCUUCGCCGAUUCUUUUUUUACAUCACCAUAAAAAAACCAAUACGGCGUUUUCCAUCGAUUUAGGCACAUCGGCGUACUGGGGUAUCAAAAUCAACGCGUUGCCGACGAGAAUUAAUUACGACGGCUUCAUUUCUCUUUUUUUCUAUUAUGUAUUAAUACGCGUCCGUACCGAUUUUAAUACAUUUGAUCCCAUCGCCGAACUUGACAUUCCCCUCUUGUCCCGCCCGAACAUUUCCUCUGCCGCCGAUUUUUGCUUCCAUCACCGUCGCUCCUAUUCCCCCUACUAUCUCCACGAAGAAAAAAAGUGAUAAAAACUCCGCCGUAUAAUAAAACAAAAUCAUGGCAUCGCACGAUGUUCGCGACGUGCUUAAUUUACCACUCGAUGCUAGUUCGCGACCCACCAAAAAACAGAAGAUAAAUGCUCCACGUCCAAGUUUAAAGGGUCUAGCAAGAGAGGUACAAAGUCUCGGAGGUGAUAAUCCGAUCGCGAUCGUCCCGGAGAUAUCUUCGUUCAAAAAGCGACGGUUUGGAAGCAGGAAACCGGCUGCACGAUGGGAGUUGCGUCCUUUCCGCAACUCAGCAAGAGGCGAUCAGUCGUUGCAUCUGCGACAUUGGAGGAAACGGACGGAGGACCCGGCAAGAGCACAGGAGGGACAAAAUGGAGAGAAUGGAACGGAUGCGGGACCUAAGCUAGAGGAACUUGAAGAUUCGGGUUUCGCCAAGUUCAACGUGCAGGUCGAUAUUCCUCAGUAUAGUGAUGACCAAUACAACACAAAUUUGAAGAGCAAGGAUUGGACGAAGGAUGAGACGGACUAUCUGUUUGAUGUGGCUAGGCAAUUCGAUUUACGAUGGCCGCUCAUAUGGGACCGUUACGAAUAUCAACCCAAGUCGCCCGAUCCAACGACGGAUACAAAUGGUGAAGGUGCCGAUGUUACUAUGGCCGUGGUUCCGGCGACUAAGGUCCGAACAUUGGAGGACAUUAAGGCUCGAUAUUAUGAAGUAGCGGCGAAGAUGAUGGCAGUUCAGAAGCCUGUUCAAUACAUGACUCAGGCCGAAUUUGCCCUCCAUGAGAUUAUGAUUAAUUUCAACCCAAUCUCCGAAGGACAGCGCAAGAAGUUUGCGGCUGAUGCCCUAUCAAGAUCUAGUGAGGAAGCUCGAGAAGAAGAGAUGUUGCUAGUUGAAGUACGGCGAAUCUUGGCACGUCAAGAACGUCUCAACCAAGAACGCCGUGAACUCUACAACCGCCUCGACUACCCUCAUACCGAACAAGAUAUCAAUGCGUUCAAGUCCAGUGCUGGACUACAGACGCUACUACAAAACCUCAUGAACGUCGAUAAGACGAAGAAGAGAAGAUCUCUUAUGGAAGCCAAUGGGACGAACACACCCGCGUCGGCGCACCCCUCAGGUCAUCCAUCAGCUCACCCCAACUCUACGCCGAUAUCAGAAAACCGCAGGGAGAGCAUUGCGGCAUCUUCGACGGGUCAUCGUGACUCGAUUGGGGGUAAUGAACGACCCGAGCGACCUGCGAAGAAGGGGGCUCAACCCGAGCGCAAGAAGCUUACAGAACAAGAAGAGCAAAUCUACGGUGUAUCUCAUUUUGACCGGUUACCCUCUGGACCUACCUUCCGUUAUGAACGCAUUAACAAGAUCCUCACAACCAAGAGCAACGCCCAACAUCAGCGUAUCACCAAUACGUUAGCCGAGCUAGACAUACCCAGUCGUCUCAACAUGCCCACGAAAGCAGUAGUAGAAGAGAUGGAGAAACUACUCAGCUCAAUCACCGUCUUACUCGACAUGCGCAAGAUGAACGACAAGAUCGACGCCGAGAUCAAACUCGAAAAAGCUAAGAAGGCGGAACGCGACAAGGCUCGAGGGAUCUUACAGCAACCAACAGAGAGCUCGGAUUCUAAGGGAGACGACUCAGUGGAUGCUAAACCUAACGGCGAGAAGAAUGCCGCGGCGCAGGAUAAGGCUGCUAGCCAGGCGUCCUCUGCGUUUGGAGUUAAUGGCGUGGCGGCGAAUGAUCUUACUGAGACUAAGGGCGAUGAAGAUGGUGCUGCUACGACGAAUGGUGAUGGUGAGGUUAAGGAGGAUGGGGAUAAGGAUAAGCCUGGCGCACAUAAGAGGAGCGCGAGCGUGCUUAGUGGGGCUAGUGAUAAGAGUGUGAAGAGACUGAAGAAGUAGAACUUCCGGUCUAGAAAGCUCGAGAGGAAGCCUGCUUCGCAAACGCGGGGGAGAAAAAGGAAAUAGGUCAUAGGAUGGUGGGUGCCUAUCUGCUUGCUUCGGGCGGGGCUACGAUAUGCACUAUAAGUUAGUCGGAUGACCGAUGAGUUACACCGAUGACGCUGUGGCUUUUGUGGCUUUUGCGUGGCAUUAAGUAUUUGUUGAGACUGCGACGGAGAAGAGGCGGAGCUCAGCUAAUGUAGUUUUGAUAGUGGCGGUAUUAGCUAUGCAAAUCCAAUGAAGCAAUGCUAUUCUACGUUACACAAGCACCA